AUGUCUCCAAAACUCUUUGUUGUGUUCUACCGGCCACGCUAUGGAAACUUCCUACACUGGGCGUUGCAUAUAGAGAAGGGCCAAGAGCAUCACAUUCUCGAAGUAGAUGGCGAGCAUCCACAAUUCAAGCGCAACACCUUCAUGGAAAAUCCGAAAGAGUCAAGUACUUUCCUACGACAGUUCUUUAUUGCUGUCCUGGGAGAGGACGAUGUCGAGAGAGUAAAGAGUGCUGCACAAAUCGUGCCGGUGGACAACGAGACGAUUGAGUGGGAUUGUCAGGAUUAUGUGCUGGAGAUUCUGGAUAAAUUGCAGGAGGAUCUUAUCUUGGACAAGGAUGAUGAGGAUUAUAUGGAUGUGAGAGAGAUAUUGAUGGAAGAGAGAGGAAUGGCUUGA